CAUAAUUAUAGCAGCACAAAAAAGCAACUGAAUUCUCUCCUCAAUUUACCCAUCAAGUUUAAAUUUAUUGAUGAUCUUUAUCAAUGGCUGCUGCUGUGUCAUCACCUAUCACAGCCAUCUCCAUGGCUUCUGCUCAAGCAAGAAGAGGAAAACAAGAUGCUACUAAGACAGUUUUGGCGCGCUCAGGCAAUCGUGUUUCGAUCAAUAACAACAUAUUAUCCAAGAAAGCUGCUACAUCGCCGUCGUUGUCAUCAUCAGCUGCGAACCACGAGAUUAAGCAGGUCUUCGAAGAUGGACCAAAGGGUAUUGUUUGUUACAGAGAUGAAAGUGGGGAGGUAACUUGUGAAGGGUACGACGAAGGUCCGAGAUUUUGCCCGCAAUUCUCAAGAUUUUCUUGUAACCCAAGAGACUCUGAGACUAUUGAUCAUCUGCAAAAAUGUUGGCUUCAAAGGCAUUGAUAACACUGAAAUGUAAUACUACUAACAACGGAGACAAGGGCUUUUUCGGCAAAACAGGCAUUUGAAUGACAAGUCUCACUUUGAACUAAAGGCAAAAACAACAGCUAUAUAAUGGCUUGAUUACAUGUCUAUGUAGUUUGUCUUCUACUUUGUACAAGAUAUAUGUAAAAAAAAUGAAACCUAAUAUCCAUGCAUACUAAGUUCUAGGAAUAAAUAAAGGAAAAGGGU